GCCUUGACUCAGGCUAACACUCAGCUCAACACUUGCGAUGGCAUCACUCCACUUCUGCUCAGAGUGUAAUAAUUUGCUUUACCCAAAGGCUGACACUGGGCGUCGUAUUAUGGUUUACGCCUGCAGAAUAUGUAGCGAAGAGGAGAUCGGCGAGAACAAGUGUGUCUAUAGGAAUGAUUUACUAACGGUUACCAAGGAACAAGUGGGAAUUACUACCGACCUCGGAUCAGAUCCCACAUUGGCACACUCAAAUAUAACAUGUCCGCAUUGUGGCCAAGACGACGCCGUUUUCUACCAGGAUCAGUCAAAACGAAAGGAGACCCGCAUGAUUCUGUUCUUCGUGUGUACCAAGUGCAACCACAGUUUUACAGACCCUUCGCUCCCGCAAGACAAUCGACCUGACACCUCCUGACACUUGAAGCUUAAUCGUUAUCAGUUGCAUACAUUUCGCACAAUCUGUAAUCUACCUCCCUUGAUAAUCGGUUCCUCUCUAGCAUCAUCGAGCAUUGUGACGCCAUACAUAACAUAAGAACAGGGGUCAGGCCAGUCCAGAGGUAAAUCAAAUGUCGUACUGCUUCCAUGGUGUGCCUUGGCUGGUUUCCAAAAAAUGUACCUUGACUAUCUUGACA